UAAAAGCUUUUUCUCACCUCUUUUCUGUGAGAUAAUUCCCUUUGCUUUUUCUUGGUCUCUCCAUACAAUCAGCCUAGUUUUUUUUCUUGUCAUUCAAAUCUAUGAUGAUGUUCUUUACUCUAAAUCUUCUUUGUAAUUCCUUAAUUUCUGCCUUUCCAUUGCUUCUCCCGCAUGGUACCUAGUACAGUAGUUGGGCAGAGAAUAAGCCUCCGUAGAUAUUUGUCAAUUUUUCUAGGGCUAGGUCUAGAUAGCUCUGCUAUCUGUGUAACUUGGAGCAAGUCAGUUUGCCUCUUUGAGCCCAUGGUUUUUCGUCUGUAAAGUGGGGCUAAUCAUACUAGCACUUUAUACUUCACAGGGUUGUUGUGAAGAAAAUGUUUUGUAAACCUUGAAGUGUUAUGGACAGGUUUACUAUGGAGUGAAGUUUCUUCCCGGUUUAUUCCACUAGGUGGCACUGUUGCAUGAACCUGAGAAGCAGAACCAGUGGAAUCUUUGAACUUGGAGUCAAAUUCUUUUGGGAUAAAGGACUACCAUGAAAAAGAAGAUGGAGCAGCUAAGAUACCUCUGCAGUGCUGGAGAUAGCCAUAAAGGCCCUGUUGGUUUGUACAACAUUGGACAGACUUGUUGCCUCAACUCUUUGCUCCAAGUCUUCAUUAUGAACCUGAAUUUCACCAAAAUCUUGAAGAAUAUCACAAUGCCUAGGGAACUGGAGGAGCGGAAGAGAAAUGUCCCUUGCCAGCUUCUUCUGCUCUUGGAGAAGAUGCAAGACAGCCGGUUGAGAGCAGUACGGCCUGUGGAGCUGGUAUCCUGCCUGCAAAACUACAAUGUUCCAUUGUUCGUUCCUCAUGAUGCUGCCCAACUCUUCUUGACCCUCUGGAACUUGAUUCAGAGCCAAAUUAGAGACUCAGAGCUGUCAGAGAGGCUGAAGACCUUGUAUACUUUCACAAUACAGGAGUCCCUGGUUUGUCUGGACUGCAAUGUGAUGAGUCACAGGGAUAGCAACAUGUUGAUGCUUUCUCUCCCUCUUUUUGAUAUGGACUCACAACCUCUGAAAACCCUGGAGGAUUCCCUACAUUGUUUUUUCCAGCCCAAGAAGUUGUCAGACAAAGACAAGUGUUUCUGUGAAAAAUGUGGGAAGAUAACCUGUUGGCAACAGACCCUAAAGGUAGGCAGCUUGCCCCCAACGCUGACAUUACACCUUAUGCGGUUCUCCGCCAAGAAUUUCUCAAGGACUCAGAAGGUCAUCCACCCGUUAAGUUUUCCCCAAAGCCUGGAUUUCAGUCAGGUCCUUCCAGCGGAACAAGAAUUGUGGGACUCUGAAGGACAGCAGUAUAGACUUUUUGCUGUGGUUGCUCACAUGGGGACAGCCAGCUACGGACAUUACUGCGCUUAUAUCUGUAAUCCUGACGAUGGCAGAUGGUUCUGCUUUAAUGACUCCAAUGUCUGCUGGGUGAGGAAUCUGGCUUCUUACACUAGGCAACAUGGGAAGAUAUCAAAAGGACUUAUGGGAACUAUUAUUUAUAUUGGGGAGAAACAGCCUAUCUCCUGGUUUACAAGAAGAUUGAGAGCCAGUUGGCACCUCCAUGACUGUCAGAUAACACCAGAGUCCUUUUCUACCUUUAAAAUAUGUUGCCUUUUAAAAAAGGAUUCUUGGCGUCUUUGCUAUUUAUAAGGCAAUCAUUUCCAUGUGUAGUUCCAAGAGAACUCAAUCUUGGUUUGUACUUACAUAAUUAAGUUUAUUAUAAAGCACAGCUAUUUCUCAAA